AUGGCCAACGAUUUGUGGUCAUGUACCUGUUGUACGGAGGCUUUUACAUGUUGGUUGCGUCUGAAGUUAUCUCAGGAGGAAAUAGAGCAGCGCUACAGAAGCAAAGAGAUAGAUAGAAUACUAGAAAAAGAAAAACAGACGCUAAGACGGCAGGUAAAACUGCUGUUGCUCGGUGCAGGUGAAAGCGGAAAGUCAACAUUCCUGAAACAGAUGAGGAUAAUACACAAAGUGAAGUUUGAACCGGAACUAGUGCGGGAGUACCAACAUGUGAUAUAUCAGAAUAUUGUGAAGGGAAUACAAGUGUUGGUGGACGCAAGGGAUAAGCUUGCAAUACCGUGGGAGAAUCCGCGAAACUUGGAUGUUGGGCAGCAGGCAUUACACUUUAACAGUACGGCAUCGCUGGACAGCAGGCUGUUUGUGCAUUAUGCGCCUCAUAUACACUCUUUGUGGUUAGACAGAGCCAUAAAAAGAGCAUACGACAGGCGAAGAGAAUUUCAAUUGAGCGACAGCGUGAGUUACUUCUUCGACGAGUUAGAACGUAUUGCGCGACCAGAUUACGUGCCGUCCCACCAAGAUAUCCUGCACUGCCGGAAGGCUACCAAAGGCAUUACGGAGUGCACUAUCAACAUAAACAAUGUGCCAUUUGUGUUCGUCGACGUCGGAGGCCAGAGAACGCAGCGACAGAAGUGGACACAAUGCUUCGAUUCAGUAACGUCAAUACUGUUUCUUGUGUCUUCAUCAGAAUUUGAUCAAGUGUUGUCAGAAGACAGAAAAACAAAUCGCCUAGAAGAGGCCCUCAAUAUCUUCGACACGAUUGUCAAUAAUGUGAACUUCAAAGGUAUCUCCGUUAUUCUAUUCCUCAACAAGUCCGACUUACUCGCGAGGAAAGUCGGCAGCAAAGAGACAGACAUACGUUGGUAUUACCCACAAUUCACUGGCGACCCUCACAACCUGCGAGACGUGCAAAUGUUCCUGCUCAACAUGUUCGCGAACGUUCGGAGGGAACCCAAAACGACAUUGUACCACCACUUUACAACCGCCAUUGACACACAUAACAUUGAAGUCGUCUUCAACUCCGUUAAAGACACGAUUCUCAAUCGCAACCUAGAGUCUCUAAUGUUGCAGUGA